CGCAUCGAUUGUGGGUGACGACAAAUAUAAGUCUUCCUGUCGCGCACACAUCCUCCCCUCUCCCUCUUCCCCUUUACCUUCCGUAAACUUUCCUGAUCUCACCCAAACCCACCACCCUCUUUCUGAACAAGACGACAAUGGCAAACGACGAUAACGUGCGCGAGAUCGGACCAGAUGAGUACGAGGUAGCCGAGGGCUACGUCGGCAACCUCAAUGAUGAGCAGCAGAAAGCUCUCGUCAAGAUGUGGGAAUCAUUCUUUGACAUCUGUGACCGAGCCGAAGGCUCGGCCAAGAAAGGUGAAGGCAAAUUCGAGGGCUUUGAGGCCGGCGGCAACGGCAAAGAUCUCAAGAAGAGCGGAAUUCCUGAGGAUGACAAGGCCAAAGACGAGGCCAAGAAGAUGUCGGAGCAACAGGGCAUGACCGACCUACUUCGGGCCUAUGGUCCAGAGGCGCUCAGAGACUCUUGGUGGAGCUUUAACAAGGGCGAUGACCCUGAUGGCAACAUGCUCCGUUUCAUCCGAGCCCGAAAGUGGGACGUCGACCGAGGUCUGGCCAUGAUGGCGACCUGCCUCAAGUGGCGCCUCGACACCGAUGUCGAUAGCCUCGUUAUCAAGGGAGACCUCACGAACGCCGAAGAGAUUCCCAAGUUCAUCGACCAGCAGAAAUCUGGCAAGGUCUUCUCAUACGGCUUCACCUUGAAAGGUCAGCCCAUCUGUUACGUCAUUAUGAAGCACCACAGCAUCUGGGGACAGCCUGCCGCUUCGAUGCAAAAGUUCAUUGUGACUCAGAUGGAGACUUUCCGUACUCUCAUUUGCCCUCCCAAUGACAAAGCCACCAUUUUCUUCGACCUCAAGGGCUUCGGUAUCAAGCAAAUGGACGUCGUCAACCUCAUCUACCUCGUCAAGGUGCUUGAAUCGUACUAUCCCGAAUCGCUGGGAACGAUGUACGUCUCGAAUGCGCCCCUGAUCUUCUGGGGCUUCUGGCGCGGCGUCAAGAACUUCCUGGACCCUGUCGUGCGAAACAAAAUUGUCUUCAUCGAAGGACCAAAGGACACCACGCACGACGUGCCGGCCGAGCGUAUCAUUAAGUACUGUGGUGGCGAUUCUAAGGCCGAGUUCAAAUUUGUGGAGCCACAGAAUGGCGAAAAUGCAUUGACCGAUGAUGAGGAAGAAAAGGACAAGAGGUGGCAGAGGCACCGAGCCAUCACGAACGAGUAUGAGCGCGUCACGCGCGAAUGGUGCAAGUCUGGAGGCAAGGACGAAAGCUUGACAGAACAAAGGAAGGUCCUGAUCAAGAAGCUGAGGCUCUCGAGCUACGAAAUCGACCCCUACUACCGAGGGCGGAACCAGUAUCAGCGCGACGGCACGAUCCCAGCCAAGCACCAGGGAAUGUGCUCUUUCGACUACGUACUCGAUGGAGAAACGAUCCGCCAAGUCCUCGGUCACAGGUCGAGCCGCAAGUCGAUUGAGCGAGAGCUCGCCGAAAUUGCUGAUGGCUCAUCGACGCAGGAGGCAGAGGCGAAGACCGCAGACAUGCUCAAGAACGGUACCUGGGGCGACUGGCGUGUCAACGACAACAGUCCAGAGGUGCAAAAGAAGGCACUUGCCUCGCUUUCGCAGUUCGGAGGCAAGGAUAGCCAAAAGGGAGAAGAAAUUACUCAGCCGGCACCUGAACAAGAGGCGACGGGCGACAACAACACAGAGAAUGCGGCCGACUCGUCGACCAACGACAAAGGCGCUGCUGCUGCCAACGGUGCUGCUGCAGCUGGCGGCGCUGCUGCCGCCGGAGGUGCCGCCGCGGCGUCAUCAACAAACCAUUCAGGCGCGGGUGAGUUCAAAGACGCUCCCGAGACGCCUGGUGACGCUGCUGCCGCCGCGAAUGGAGAAGCCGUCGCACCCAAGCCUGCGCAAAACGGCCAGACAAAGGCCAAUGCUCCCUCGACGAAGAAGGAUUCUGCUCCUCAAGAGGAGCCCAGGCGCAAAUCUUCUAUCUUGAGCAAGGUCAAGUCCAAGAUCAUGGUCUAAGUUGUUUUGUUUCUACGCUAGAACCCCUCCUUCAUGCUUCCUCCGCUUUUUCUUUCUCUUCUUUCACAACUCCUCUAUCUCCCGGACUCCGUGCUUUGAACGUGAACAGUGUCAUGCUCUCACACAACUCAUAUAUACAGUACACAAAGAUCUAGACCUAUAGUGUAGAACCGUUUCCCAAGCGGUCAUGGUUUGAAAAAAUGGAUACCGGGCGAAAGGAAGAUGACAGGUCGAAAUACUGUACGUCGACCUCACAAGUCCGUACGAAUCUUGCUUCCUGCGCUGUAAGAUAGGGGGCCGUGUGCC